GUCGACUAUAAAAUGGAGUAUCUGAAAGAGGAUUCGGUUCUCACUUGUGAAGCGUAUUCGAGGCAAGAAGAUAUAUUUAUUUGUUGCCGGCACUCUUUCUUGCUUGCAGCGCCCGUGAAAGCACAAGCCGGUAGCCCAUUUUGGGAACAUAGAUAGUGAAUGUUGUCUAUUUGAGAGCAAGAAUGAGGAGCUUGCUGGUGGUUUUCGCUUUUCUGUGCUGGUCGCUGGUAGCGACUGGCGGCGAGGGAAAAAAGACUCCAGUCGGUCAUAAAAUGAAGCUCGGCUCGCAUCGACCGAUGGAAGGCCGAGUGGAGACCAUUGACUACGUGCCUCAUCCUAUCGACUUCUACGAGGAAUACAGUGUGGGUAGUAAGCCGGUUGUCCUGAAGGGUGCUGCGCGAGACAUGCCGGCCUUCAAGUUCUGGACGGACAACUACAUGAAGAACAACUACGGUGGCGAGACGGUGGCAGUGGAGCCGGGCAAGAAGGAGAACCGGACUCGAGUGGCGCUAGAAGGCUCGGAGAUGAAUUUCGGAGAGUUUCUGGACAGCUAUAACAGCUCAGAUGUAUACAUGGUGGACUCUUUGCCCAAGCCAAUGGAACAGGAGUUCAUGUUGCUGCACAACGUACUGUGUGGUGGAUACACCAAGUUCGUAUCGAUGACCAACGUCUGGUUCAGCAGCGGUGGUACAAAGUCCGUCUUGCACAACGAUGACGCCGACAACAUCAACUGUGUGCUGAGCGGGAACAAGGAGUUCUUCAUGGCGCAUAAGAAAUACGAAACUGUGGUGCCAUUCACAAAGGGUGGUCACGUGGAUAUCGAUGUGGAUGCUGUGGACUUGAUCAAGACCCCGGAAAUCAGGAAGGUGAAAUGGUGGCUGGCUGAAAUCGAGGCCGGCGAUUGUCUCUUCAUUCCGCACUACUGGCUUCAUCAAGUGCGCUCUACGGGCCGUAAUCUGGCCGUGAACAUUUGGUGGCAUUUCUUCCGCAACUUCAACUACACAGAGUGCAUGACAAGGGAUGAGAAUGGCUUGGAAGUUCGCAAGGAUCUACCCCAGUACAAGCCAUUUUCAGGAGUAACCAUCCACGAAGGAGAGUCGCACAGGAAACGUCUGGUGGAUGUGAUGUACCCUACCAAUGCUCACAAACCCAGGAAGCUGACAAAAAAGCAGGUUAUGGCUGCUGUGUAUGCGGGUGAUGAGGAUGAAGACGAAGCUGAAAAACUGAUUCUCCAGGCCAAGAAGGCUGCUACUGCAAUCUUUAACGCCGGAAACAAAAAUGGUGACAAGUACCUGGAUAUCGAGGAGCUGUACACCAUCGAUGCUGAUCUUUUCCUUGAGCUGUUUGGCGCACCCAAAGGUGGCUACAGCCUCGAGGAUCUAGGAGUAAAAGAUGACCUCGUAGACGAUCGGAGGGCAGAGGGUGAGGAUGAUGGCGGUGAUGAUGAGGGAGAUGAGGGUGAAGGUGAUGAUGACGCAGAUGAGAGUGACAGUGAGGGCGAUGAGGAUGGCGACAGAACUGACCUUGCUAGCAGCAAUCAGGCAAGAGAGUCAGCUGCCAGCAAAGAUGACCUUGACAUUGAUUUUGAGAGGGGUCCCUCUGAGGAAGAAUUGAGCCAGCAGCCAAAGGAUGAGCUAUAGAAUUGUAUGCUGCAAAGCCCGUUUAUCCACACUACUACAACGCUGCUGCUUUGUGCAGAGAGUGUGUGCUGUUUGCUGUUUUUAUAUGUACAACGUACAUGCCCCCCCCCCCCCUCUCUCUCUCUCUCUCUCUCUCUCUCUGUAUCUCUCUCUCUUUAUUACGGCGUGUGUUGACGGUAUUUGUUCUAUGCCUUGACUAAGGGGUUACCAAGAAAUGUAUGUCACGGCUGACAAAAUUUGAAAUUACUCAAGUACUGAUAUUUUCAUCCCAAAUGGCGCUCGUGUGUGGCUUGGUCUCAAUCCAGACCUGUACAUCAUCAUCUCAGAUUAUAUUAUCGCUGGUUUGAAUGUGCUGAUUUGAUUGGCUGGCUUAUCAAACUACCAUAUUUGCCUACUGCUGUUUAAAAAAUAUAUAUAUUUAGAGUGUUUUGUAACUGACGGUAUGCAAAUUCAAAAAUGUU